CCCUGCGGAGCGUCUCUCAGAAUUCCGACGGGCCUUGGAGGCAGCACACAAACCACAUCCAUCCGCCUUCAGUACCAGUGCGGACCGAACGGCACCGUGAAGCCGUCACACAGCACCCGGAGCGGAUCCGAACAGCACUUACGACCACAAGACGAUGGAUGAGAAGAAGAGUCGACGCGUCGCGGUCGUGAUGUUUCUCCUAGCCAUGAGUUUGUCCGGCGGCGGCGGGUCGACCAGUUCGGACUGCAGCACGACAACUGCCGAGACCAACAGCGCGGUGCGUUCACUGUCAGCCGUGGUGGACUCCCAGAUAGCCAAGGAGAGUCAGAGACAACACCUGGAGGCUCUGUUCAACAGAUAUGGAGAAAACGGCACCAUCUCUCUGGCUGGGUUAAAGCGUCUCUUGGAGAACGUGGGGCUGGACCGCAUCAGGAACGUCAUGGUGCGACAUCACGAGCAAGCGGGUCACCACGACCACCAUCAUCAUCAUCACCACCACGAAGGCCCCCAUCAAAACCGUCCUCUCGACGACUCGCAUCACCACAAACACGUCCACGCCGAACCGUCACCGGCCAAAAAGUUCCCAAAGAGCCCUGAGGUCUCCAAACACCAGGACAUCCAUGACGGCCUGGACGACAAGAAGACGGCGUCUCAGGAGGUGGACGCCACGGCGGCACACAGCACCCAGCUGGUGGUGAAACCUGAAGUUAAUAAGAGUCAAGACAGCAGCACAGAAACUGCCAACCUAGUAGUCAACCGGGAGAGUCGCCAUGUCCACGACCACGACCACGACCACGACCAUGUCCACGACCACGACCACGACCAUGUCCACGACCACGACCAUGUCCACGAUCACGACCACCAGGAUCUCCCUGACAACAACAGUGUGGACAGCAAAGAGUGUCUGGAUGCCUCCAGCAUUCUCUCCUCUCACGGGAUGUCUCAGGAGACGGGAGUGUCCGUCAGCGACUUCAGCUUCCUCUGCCCCGCCCUCCUCCACCAGAUCGAUGGCGGAGCGUGCAUCCUGCAUGUUCGCGCCACAGAACACGUCGACAGAGACCAUAAACACGGUCACGGUCACCAUGGUGACCACAACAGCUCGCACCACGACCACGGCGAGCGCUCCGGUGGAGAAAGUGGCAAAAGCAUCACAACAGCGUGGGUCGGCGGCUUCGUCUCCAUCACCGUCAUCAGCCUGCUCUCCCUGCUGGGCGUCAUCCUCAUCCCGCUCAUGAACAGAGUUUUCUUCAACUUCCUCCUCAGCUUCCUGGUGGCGCUGGCCGUCGGCACGCUGAGCGGCGACGCCUUCCUUCAUCUCAUCCCCCACUCUCAGAGAGGCGUCUCUCAGCACCACGAGGAUCCAAUGAUGAACUUCUCUGAGGGACAUCACCACCACCACGAGGAGGAGGAGAACCUGGACGGGGUGUGGAAAGGCCUGACGGCUCUGAGCGGAGUCUACUUCAUGUUUCUGAUCGAACACUUCCUGACGCUGGGAAAAAUGUACAAAGACAAGAAACAGAAGAUCCAGAAGAAGUGGGAUCAGAACGACAAAGCGGAUCCAGAGAAGCAGCCGGCUCUGGAGGAGAACGACCUGAAGCCGACUGAAGAUGUGGAGACCAACGGUGCGGGUAUGUACGGCGACCACUCGAGCAGCCUGCAGGCCGGCGGGUUGGCGGAGGAGGAGCAGUCGAUGCUGGCGCAGCAUGUCUCCGUCGUCUCUUUGCAGGGUUAUGCCGAAGUGUCGGGGGCCGCGGCCUACACCGACGAGGACUGCGAGAACAAAUGCCACUCGCACUUCCACGACACGGUGGGCCAGGCCGACAGCAUGCACCACCACCACCACGACUACCACCACAUCCUGCACCACCACCACUCCCAGAACCACCACCCUCACAGCCACUCCCACUCCUACUCAGAGGAGCACUUCCAGCAGGCCGGCGUGGCCACGCUCGCCUGGAUGGUCAUCAUGGGAGACGGACUGCACAACUUCAGCGACGGCCUUGCUAUCGGAGCUGCCUUCACUGAGGGUCUGUCCAGCGGUCUCAGCACUUCUGUGGCUGUUUUCUGUCACGAGCUGCCUCAUGAGUUAGGUGACUUUGCGGUGCUCCUGAAGUCUGGUAUGACGGUGCGUCAGGCCAUUCUGUACAACGUGUUGUCGGCCAUGAUGGCCUACCUGGGCAUGGUGACCGGGAUCUUGAUCGGACAUUACGCAGACAACAUCUCCAUGUGGAUAUUCGCCCUCACAGCCGGGCUCUUCCUGUAUGUGGCGCUGGUGGACAUGGUGCCGGAGAUGUUGCAUAACGACGCCGGGGAUCACGGCUUCAGCCACUGCGGCUUCUUCCUCCUGCAGAACGCCGGCAUCCUGCUGGGCUUCUCUAUAAUGCUGCUAAUCGCUGUAUUUGAGCACAAAAUCCAGCUGGAUCUGGGAUACUGAAGGAGAGGAGCCGCAUCUCAGUGACCUUCAGACGUGUAACAUAGUUUUAGUUCUUCUAGACGGAGCAAUCACUUCGGUUUAGUUUGUAUUUUCAUAGGAAGUGGAAACAGAAAGUUACAUAUUUAAUUCCAUUAUUUUUUUUAACUGUUACGUCAGAUUUUUUUUUCUCAUUAUUCUGAUGAGUUGAAAGUGUUUCUGCUGCUGAGUCGAGCCUCGUUAGUAUUCCAGUCGAUUCUCAAAGUGCCAUAACAGCGACUGAACUGAGUAACAGGUUACACUUUAAAAUCCUCCUGUACUUUCUGUUAGGUCAACGUUCUUAUACCAUAAGCAAAUCAAUAAGUAUGAAAACCACCAAAUAUUCACAUUUGAGAAGCUGGAGCCAGAAAAGUGUUUUGUUUGGAGAUGAAGCCAUUAAAGGAGCAGUUCACCCAAAAAGUAAAACUCAGUCAUCAUCUCCUCCCUCCGUGUUGUCGAGUGUUAGAUGAAGUGUCGAGUUCACAAAACAUUUCUGGAGCGUCGCAGCGUUCUGCUGAACCAAAAAACAUCAAGCGGCUGCACACAGCUCGUCCACUGUAAUCCAGAGUCCUGUGUGAACACACUGUUUACACCCAGUUUGUGAAAGAAGAAACAUUUUAUUGAUCUAAACAUGUUACAUUUUACAAAUACAGCUGCUCGUGGAGAAAGUCCCCAGACUCCCUUAACAAAUGUGUCAGUUCAGUGAGUUAUUGAGUUGGAGACACUUUAUAAACUCUGUGAAACUCUGUCCAUCAUGUCAGGAGCUUAAAACUCCUCAUGUGAUAAUAACUAUGAUAAUAAUAAUAAUGUGAAAGUUCAAUUAAACAAGCAGGAAAUCUGUCCAAUUAGUCGACCAGCCUGAUUAGCUGAAAACAACUCUCACGAUUCAUGUUCUGAUUAAAUGAUUUCUUUUGAUUGGCAGUUUAAAAAUGAUAAAAAGGAAAAAUUUCCAUGAUGGUGUGAGGACAGAGUGACGUUACAGUGAUGAGAUCUCAUUAACGCCCAGAUUUGUUUUAUCUUUCUAGAUGUUAAAUCUGUUAAAAACACCAUGCAGAGACAUUAUUUCAUUUCAUCAUGCAUUACAGUCUAAACGACAAACUCCUUCUGACUUUUAGUGACAACCUCGUCACACAGACUGGUUCUUUCAUCCGUCAGCAGCAGCACUGACAGGCUGAACUGUGACGUCACUGUGCGUAAAGACAAAUACACUGUUCAACAUCUGAAAGCAAAUCACAGCCACAGAAAGACUCAGCAGGGAAACAGGUAGCUGUGUUUUUAAAAGUCUUUUUAAUUUAUUUCAUUGUUAGCUGAAGGGUUGAUGUGGCAGCUCAACGCUGAUUCAGAAAAAACUAAUAUUUUUGUUAAGUAAGUUUCUUUAAUCUUUGUUAAAAUAUUUCUUCUGUUCAGUUACAAACACUCAGAUGUCAGUAUGUCUUUGUUUUGUUUUUUUACGAGGCUUCUCUGAUGUCGAAGGUCAAAUAACAAGUUUCCCACACAGGUCGAGAAAAAAAAAAGUCAAACUGUUUAAAAAAAUGACAGCUCAGUCCUGAUUACUACUACUACUGUGUAUAUGACAUGUACAAUAUUCUACUGUGUGUAUAUAUUUAUGUAACAUGCUGUUAAAGUAUGUGUUUCAUUGAUUUCAGUUGUCGACUGUGGUUUGACUCCAUGUGCUGUUUGUUGUGAAGAGCGUCAGAUUCUACUAGAACCAAAAGAAUCACAUGACAGGGUGGGAACCUGCUGACGGAGGUUAAACCAAUCAGCUUGCAGUACAGUCACACAGCUCUGCAGGGAACGUUCACCGUCUGAAUGUUGUCGUCGAGCGGCUGGUUUGACUCUUUGGUCGUCUUUGAGGCUGCAACUUGUGUGAAAACUUAAAAAAACGAUCCCAUUGAACAGGAUCAUCAGGCUCCAACUGAGAUGAUGUACUGAGUCUAAAAACAUCAGGACAACAUCUGCGUUAAAGUGGAAGAGGGGCACAUUUCACAAGUUCAAUUAAAGCCUUUAUUUAUUUAACUCAUUGUAAAGCUCCUCCCUCUCAGUUCCAGACACUUUGUCUCUCGUGUUGUCAUGAUGUUAAAAUGCAGGAAAAAAGAAAAACGUGUUAAAACAUUGAACAAAGUUUCGAGUUGAAGCGCUCAAAUGUUGAGAAUAUUUUAUAAUCCGUUCUGUGAGAAACAUUUGAAAACAUCUCAAGCCUCAUUCUGUUCGUAUGGUCGUGUACUGGCACACAUGCGUGUUUCCCUCUAUAAAACAAAGGUCACCUUCAGGGACCAACACUGACUUUGGACGUUGCAGUUUCUGAUCUUUACAACUUUUUGUGGCCUCAGAAUUGACCGUUGAGUUCAAACUGUAAAAACAGUGUUUCUGUUAUUUUGUCCACCCCUGUAUUGAUCCGCUGGCCGCAGUGACCUUCAGGCAGCUGUGACGUCGACUCACUUUGCUCUUUGACAUUCCUGAACAUGAAUAAAGUCGCUCACCUUCACACGA